UUAACGCACAUGAAGAUUCUUUAUCUUGAAAUGGAUUUGAUGAGGUUGUUUCGUGAUUCGUCAAUUAUUGCACAUCGCCGGGUAUAACAAUCUUGUGCGGUGGCAUUCCGGUUCACAGUGCUGGUAUUAACGACAAUGGAAACAACACUUGUUUUUAUCCUGCUGAUAGCAGGACUUAGUUGUGGUAUUUGCUACGGGUCAACGUGCCCUUACACGUAUGCAACACGACAUCGAACAAGAAUAUGUGACCAACGUUGGGGAAUCUGCUGGCAUCACAAAUAUGUCGACAGGUAUAGUCGUGAAAUAGGACACAGAUGCUGUCCUGGCUACAGAGGCAACGACUGUAAUACACCCGUCUGCAACCCUCCAUGUAAAAACUCUGGAAGAUGUGUGUCUCCGAACUAUUGCCGAUGUCUUGAAGGAACAGUAGGAAAGGCCUGUGAACAAAUAACUUGCUCAUAUUUAAAGCCAUGCUUCCCUGGAAUAUGUUCCUUUCCGGAUAAUUGUCAAUGCCAGGAUGGUUUUGGUGGAACAACAUGCCUGGAAGUACGGGAGUCUCCGACAAUGUUGAGAUGCAGUGCCUUUCUUCUAAUGAAGGAAAGGUCUUCAGGAAAAGAAAUGUACCGCUUCACGACAGACUCCUCGUCUCCAGAUAACCACAUAAUAGAUAUGAUUUGGGUUAACCAGAAUGACUAUAACAUCAUGAAUAUCUACUUCGAAGCUGACUUCUCACCAUACAUACACAACUUGCCAAAUGCUCGCUAUAUAGAGCGCUAUGCUUUUGGUAUAGUGGACGGAUACGUAAAGUUGACUUUAAACAAAAUUACACGCCAAGGUUCAACUAUAGCAUAUAAACAUCCACCGAAAAACUACCAUUGCCCUGGAUAUCCAAAUACAUCCAACGUAAAAGCGGGGCUGGUUUGCAACGUCACAGAUACAGAUUUCGACUGGUUGUUGGAACACGGUGAUAACUUAACUGUCACCGCAGCUGCAAAGAAUGGGGGAUACAGACAUAUUUUAAACGAAAACACCCAUCAUCACCAAUCGACACAGCAGUUUACAAGAAUAAUAUCCACGAAACAAAUGCAGUUCAUGUUUGACUUUCAUCCUCCAAGACAUUGCAGUGAUAACAGCAGCUGUGCUGCUAAUGAGCCCCCACUUCAUCUUUCUAAUGACAUAAGUAAGAUGCCAGUUACAUUGAGAUGGGGUGGAUGGAUUGACGAUCUCUCCGGCGUGGACAUGUAUUCGGUUUACGUAUAUAGACUACGUCCGGAUAGCAGAACAGGGGAGCUAACCGAACCAAACAUAAACAUUUCAUUGUAUACUAAACAAGUGAAACCAAACGAAACGUUUCCCAUGUACACCCCAGACACUAUUGGUAUGUAUACCAUUCUAUUAGAGGUUGCUGAUAAGGCGAACAAUACAAUGUAUGCCAGACGACUUUUGCUAUACGACAAUUCUUCUGAGAUUUCUAUCAACGAUAAUAACAUGGAUAUAUAUGGGUCUGUAGGAAUCGAACACUUAUGGAUAUCAACUUUACAAAACGAAAGUUCUCUCGGUCAUCCUAUUCAGAUUGGGUGGGCUGAUCACUUCGUGAACAAAGAGCAUGUGAGAUUGAAACUUCUUACACGAGUUUCUCCGUUCAAGUCGGAAAAAUAUAGAGGAAUUCGACAACGAAACGUAAAGCCAGGUCUUGAUGAUAAUGAAGGAUUGCGCCGGAUGCAACCUGUUGACAACGUGCACGGUAUCGUACGUGCUGAUACUGCUUUCAAACGUGACAAAGACGGAGGAACGACUAUAACACAAACGCCUACACAUGGGUGGAGAAACGUAGCAAGCUAUCACAACGAGCGAACAUCCAUUAACGUCCCGAGACAGGACGGGGAUUCCAUACGAAUUUGGGUACGAACUUUUGAUGUUGUAAACAACAGUGCCACUGACUCUAUACUGGUCCAUGUUGACUCGUCACCACCCGUAAUCGAGCAGCCAGCUUUUCACAAAAACAUACAAAAUGCGUCUUAUCCAUUCUCAAGCAGAGUUUUGUUUCUAGCAUCUGACAAACAUAGUGGGAUCCAUACAUUCAAGUGGAAAUUAAUUGCCAAUCAGUCGGAUCAAGUGUUUCACUCUGGAAGUGACCAUGGAAAUAUCACAAAAAGAAAACCCAGUCUUCAAGAAGGUGCGUGUACCUCUGAUGGGGAAUGCUAUUAUUUUUAUCAUGAAUUUGAGGUGAACAACUGCUGGUUCAUGGUUUCCAAAGAUGACCUUCCCACACAAGUGACAAACAUUGACAUCGAAGUCUUUAAUUCAGCAAUGUUAAGUUCAUUUGGGAGAUUCCAGGUAGACGAUUUGAGAUCUUUGAGUGGAAUGGAAGAAUAUUCUGGACCAAUGCAUCUGGCGGUUACUGGUACAACGUCGUAUAGUGCGAAUUUCCAAUGGCAUCAGGGACCGAGCUGUUACGAUCGAACAGACAUACUACUGAUGUAUAACGUGUCUGGACAGUCACGGACAAUGCACGUACACAAGGACUCGGAAUACUACACGCUGGGUAACCUGGAUCCGGAAACUACGUACACCGCCCAGUUCGUGGUUGAGUACGGGGAUGAGAAAAGUGACCCAGUCAAAAUCGCAUUCACUACAGGAGAAUAUGAAGGUUUAUCAGCUGGUGCUAUUGCUGGAAUAACUAUAGUUAUGCUGAUCCUUGUGGGCUUACUAAUAGCUGGUAUAGUGCUCUGGAGGACAGGCAAGCUCAAUCGCUACAAGGAGUCAAUCUACGGUCAAAUACAGCGGCGGAUAACCAGGCGUCGGCGAUCUAACACCUACAACAACUCGGGAGAGGUCAACAGGCAUCAAGAACGAAAGUCAUUUGCGAACCUGGCCUAUUCGGAUGUCGGUGAUGAGGAUGUGUAUCUGUAUGGUCAAAUGGUUUUUAAUGAGAACCAGUCGUGGGAGGUUCAUCAUGGUGAAGUGUCUCUAGUUGAAAAGAUGGCAUCGGGGCGGUUUGCUGACGUUUUCAAAGCUUCACAAAACUGCAAAAAGAACAACAGAAAGAUCGUCGUUGCCAAAGUGUUAAAGGAGUCACAUACCGAACUAGACGAAUUGGUAAUGAAUGCUAAGAUAAACUUCUUCGCAACAAAGACUGGUUCCCAUGCCAAUGUUAUUGAAUUCGUUGGAGCUGUCCUUGAUAACAAACCACUUGGUCCAUUCAUGCUGUUGGAGUUGUGUGAGGCAGGUGUGAUGAGGACGUGGCUGCAGAAUCGGCGAACAAUGAUGACGGACAGUGUCGUGGACACCUUAUUUCGAAUGACCUUUGACAUCGCUAAAGGAAUGGAUUACCUCGCCUCAAAACAGAUUAUUCAUCGUCACCUUGCUGCUAGAAAUAUUCUUCUGGCGUCGUCAUUAGAAGCGAAAGUCGCAGGGUUUGGACCUACGAGGGAAACCGAGCAACAAGACGGUGACACUGGAAAGGAAAAAGUACCAAUCAAAUGGAUGGCUCCAGAAUGUAUGACGUCAUUGAAGGACGCUACAAUGCAGAGUGAUGUAUGGUCCUACGGAAUCGUCUUAUGGGAAAUAUUCAGUCUUGGUGACACACCGUAUCCCGGGAUACGGAGCAUGGACGUGGCCACCAAUGUUACCAAUGGAUACCGUAUGAGCCGCCCUGAAUAUUGCGCUGACAUGCACUAUGAGUUAAUGAAGAAAUGCUGGCAGGAUAAACAGUCGUCACGACCAAAAUUCUCCGCCAUCGUUCAGGAAAUCAGCAGCACCUUCAGUUCGAGCCAGGACGACUACUAUUAUUACGCAACGCAGUGACCACGGGGAUUGAGCAUCGUCAACAUCAAAACAAGAAACCACAAGGACAGUUUUCAACCACUUCACGAGGUCAUUUCAAGGACUGACCUUUGCCAACAUUCAAACAAGAAAACGCAGGGACAGACUACAACCACUCAACGAGGUCAUCACAGGGACAGACUACAACCACUCCACAAUGUCAUCACAGGGACUGACAACAACCACUCCACGCGGUCAUCCUCAGGACGGAGACCACCAGGCCAGACUAAAACAACUGCAUAAGGUCAUCACCAGGACGGAGACCAACGGGAAAGACAAAAACAACUUAACAAAGCAAUCACAAGGACGGAGACCACAGGGACAGACUUCAACCACUCCACGAGGUCAUCACAAGGACGGAGACCAUCAGGUCAGACUAAAACAACUUCAUAAAGGCAUCACCAGGACGGAAACCAACGGGAAAGACAACAACAACUUAACAAAGCCAUCACCAUGACAGAGACCACAGGUACAGACUACAACCACUUCACGAGGUCAUCACAGGGACUGACUUUUGUCAACAUUAAAACAAGAGACAACAUGUACAUACUUCAAGUACUUCACAAGAUCAUCACAAGAAUCACAGGGACAGACAACAACCACUCCACGAGGUCAUCACCAAGACGGAGACCUCCAGCCCAGACUAAAACAACUGCAUAGGGUCAUCACCAGGACGGAUACCACAGAGACAUACUAAAACAAACUUAUAGGUCAUUAUAUUACCAGAACGGAGAUAUAAGGACAGAUUAUAGCCACUCCACUUUAUGACUACAACAAGUGACUACUGCGGCUACACUUGUCAUCACAGGGUCUGAUUAUCAUCAACAUUAAAACAAGAGACCACAGGGACAGACUACAUUUACUCCGAGAGGCCAUCACAGCGACUAAUACUGUCAGCAUUAAAACAUGCGAUCCUAUGAUCUGACCACACUACAACAGUACUUCAAAUGGCCGCUGUAAACAAGUCUACCAAGGAAUCCCGUCAUUGGUCUUUUUAAAGCAAACUUUUAAGUGACUCCUAAUGUAUUUGUGAACACAUUUUGAUAUCAAUACUAGAUAUCAUUGAUGAAAACCCUUUUUUAAUAUUAAUAUGAUGCAAGUACUUUUCGAUGUGUGGUACGUAUAAUAAGAACAUGAUUGGCUGCCUUCCUACCCUAUACAUCCUGAAUACAGCUAAGCUGUUCACGUUCUCUAUUUCACCGCAUGACAGUUUCUUAAAGUGCAAAUUCGGUGUUUUUUAAAAACAUAAAAAACAAUGAAAUUAAAAAAACGUUUACUGAAGGUAUACUUUUAUAAAUGUUUGCAUAUUUAGGAAUACAUUGAUUUGCAUAUGAUGUGUGGGAUGAUAUAUAUGAUUCAAAUUAAAUGUGAAUAAUAUUUUAAU